AUGCAUGUCAGGCGAUCGGGCUACACUCUGCUGAGCCAGACUACUGACGAGCAGUCUCACCGGCGGCAACCGUCGAGAAACCCCCCCUCGACCGGCGGAGCAGUGGAUGGUCACCUCAUCGGCUUCGAAUCUGAACUAGGAGGGGAGAAUAACUCAGGAUCGGGAAAGGAGGCCUUCGAUCGGGACGGUAUUGGUCAGAGGAUGGGUACUGCGGCUUUCCCCGGCUCAUUUGGGAGCAGCUUCGGCGGGAGCUCGAUGUCGGGGGAUUACUACGUGCCUACACUGCCUAACACAGAGGUUCGGUUCAGUGACCCCGGCGAUGGUGGCGGUGGGGAGUUGAUGGUGAAUGCCUUUGGUGUCGGCGGCGAGCGGUCGUCUUCUUUCAAGAGCUGGGCGCAGCAGACGGAGGAGAGCUACCAGCUGCAGCUGGCUCUGGCUCUUCGUCUCUCUUCAGAAGCUACAUGUGCUGAUGAUCCUAAUUCGUUGAAUCAGGUGUCGGAUGAGUCUUCCAUACACGGUGCUUCGCCUGGCUCGGGAAAGGCCAUUUCUCACCGGUUCUGGGUAAAUGGUUGUCUGUCAUACUUUGACAGAAUUCCAAAUGGGUUUUACUCUAUUCAUGGAAUGGAUCCACAUAUCUGGGCAGUGUGCUCUGAUCCUCAGGAAGGUGGACGAAUUCCAUCAAUUGACUCAUUAAAGACUGUUGAUCCUGCCACCCUCUUCUCGAUCGAAGUGAUUUCAGUAGAUCCUCGAGGUGAUUUAAGAUUGCAAGAGUUGCAAAACCGCAUUCAUUCCAUAUCAUCUAGUAGCAUCACUACUAAAGAAGUUGUUGACGAGCUUGCUAAGAUAGUCUGCAACUAUAUGGGGAAUGCAUCUUCUGAUGGGGAGGAUGCCUUAAUUGCCAUUUGGAGAGAGUGCAGCAAUGAAUUGAAAUUUCGAUUGAGGUCUAUAGUGCUCCCCAUAGGCAGUCUGUCUGUUGGUCUAUGCAGACAUCGUGCAUUGCUGUUCAAGGUUUUAGCUGACACUAUUGGUUUACCUUGUCGAAUUGCAAGAGGAUGUAAAUUCUGCACUCAAGAGUAUGCUUCCUCGUGUCUUGUUCGGUUUGACCUUGACAGGGAGUAUCUUAUUGACCUGAUUGAGCAUCCAGGACGUUUAUGUGAACCUGAUUCUCUGCCAAAUGGUCCAUCCACCAUCUCAAUUUCUUCUCCAUUGCGUCUUCCACGACUCAAGUCUCUGGAGCCUACUAUUGACUUCAAGUUGUUGGCCAAACAGUAUUUCAUGGACUUUCAGUCACUUAAUCUCAUAUUUGAUGAUUCUUUAGCAGUUGGAACUGCUGAGGAUGCUGUAAAUUCGACAGACAUAGGGAAAGGUUCAAAGCCUCCAAAAUUUCUCCCACCAAUCGAAAAUAAAGUUGUUCAGCCACUUAUGAUGCCUGGCCCAAGAGGCAAUGUGAAUAAAGUUAUGCAGUUUGGUGAAGGAGGUCGACCAGUUUCAUCCAAAUCAAGUGGAGUAUCGGCCUCUGAUAUCGAGGAUCUGAGUGUUUCCUGGGAUGAUGUUAUUCUAAAGGAAAGAAUUGGAGAAGGUUCUUUUGGUAAAGUUUAUCGUGCUGAAUGGAAUGGUUGUGAUGUGGCUGUAAAGAUUCUCAUUGAGCAAGAUUUUCAUGGUGAACGAUUUAAGGAAUUCUUUCAAGAGGUGGCUAUCAUGAAAAGAUUGCGCCAUCCAAAUAUUGUUCUAUUUAUGGGUGCUGUAAUGGAGCCUCCAAACUUGUCCAUAGUCACCGAAUAUUUAUCAAGAGGUAGUCUGUAUAGAUUGUUGCAUAAACAUGAUGAAAGAGAAUUCUUGGAUGAGAAACGUCGAUUGGGCAUGGCUUAUGAUGUGGCUAAUGGGAUGAAUUAUCUUCACAACCACAAUCCUCCAAUUGUUCACAGAGACUUGAAAUCUCCUAAUCUUUUGGUUGAUCAAAAUUACACUGUGAAGGUUUGUGAUUUUGGUCUUUCACGUUUGAAGGCGAACACAUUUCUUUCAUCAAAGACAGCUGCUGGAACUCCUGAGUGGAUGGCUCCUGAAGUCCUCCGUGACGAACCAUCAAAUGAGAAAUCAGAUGUUUACAGUUUUGGCGUGAUUUUAUGGGAGCUGGCCACCUUGCAGCAACCAUGGGGUAAUUUGAACGCGGAACAGGUUGUAGCAGCUGUUGGUUUUAAGGGGAAAAGGCUUGAGAUUCCACAGGAUAUGAAUCCUCAGAUUGCAGCUAUUAUUGUUUCCUGCUGGGCCAACGAGCCAUGGAAACGGCCCUCAUUUUCAAGUAUCAUGGAAUCUUUGAGACCAUUCGUUAAAUCACCCCCAACAACUCGUCCGGGUCGUAAGGAGAUACCUUUCUUCAUGUGA